UUUAUUUUUUUGACUCCAAAUCAGACAAAUCUUCUUUGCCAAAUUUCAAUUUCAUUACUUUCUCUCUCCUCCCUCCUUUUUCUCUCUCUUUCUCUGUCCUGGUGGUUCAACUUCUACUGCAAAAGAAGAGCAGAGUAUUUGAACUUCUUUUCAUUUUUUCAGAAAUUUUUGAGCGAAGUUCCGACGGUUACUACAAUAAUUCAACUGGAAAGUUCUGGAUUUACAGGUUAUGAUUCUUUCCUGUCUUGAGCUUCAUUCAGAUGCAUAGAGGUUGAGGAAAUUUAAGGUGAGAAGCUAGUCAAAAUGACGAAGAAACAUCACCGCAUGAGAAAUUCAAUAAAGACCUUUUUUGAAAAGCAUACUGAUCCUGAACAACAUGAGAAGCUUCAAGAAAUCAAAAAAGACAUGGAGGAGAAGAAGAAAAGAUUACUGAACCUUGUGAAGAGCAACGAAGAAAGUGAUGAAUCAAAAAAAGAGCCUCUUGCUGAACUCAUUGAGGAUUUUCACAAACAGUAUGAAUCACUCUUUUCUCAAUAUGAUCAUCUCACUGGUAAAUUGAAGGAGAAAGUUAGCAAGCCACAGCAAAAGAAAGAGAAGUUCUCUUCCUCAGAGUCAGACUCUGACUCUGACUCAGACCAUUCAUCCAAGGGAAAAGACAUCAAAAAUGGAAAAGUAGAAGAUGAAAAUAAAGCCACUGAUGGAAUCCAGCAAGAGCUUGAAGCAGCAAAACUCGAAGUUGCAGAUCUCAAUAAUGAGCUGGCAACAACAUGCAAUGAGAAAAUCGCUCUUGAAUCAGAGUACAAGGCAUUACUGACAGAGCAACAAGAUUCAGACAAAAUUGUGGAAGAUAUGAAGGUAGAGGUUCAAAGAUUGGAUUCUGAGAAAUCAGAACUCCUGACAGAAAAAGAAGAGCUACAGUCAAAAUUAGAGAACUUUGUCAAGACAGAAGCUGAACUGAGUCAACAGAUUGAAGAACUGAAACAAGAUAGAGAUAACCUUGCCACUGAGAAAGAAGUUUUUAUCAAAAUGCUUAAAGAAGAGAACCAAAAUGUAGAAAGUUUGAAAGGCGAGGUCAAUCAGCUGCAAAGUGAGAAAAAAAGCAUUGAGAUUGAAUUAGAGACAGCUGCCCAGGAAAUGUCUAGGAUAAAACCAGAAUUAGACUCAUGGAAGCAGGAAGCAGCAAACUUGAAGGAGACCAUGAAAGUUGCUGAAGAGGAAAACGCAUCUCUUUCUUUGAAAAUGUCACAAAUGACUGAUGAACUCAAGCAGGCACUGGGUACCAUGGAGGAGCUGAAAGCAGAGUAUGCCACCUCAAAUGAUAAGUUGGCUGAGAGGGAACGAGAUUUCUUAUCCCUAAGGGAGAUGCACGUUGCCCAUACAACAGGAGCUUCAGAACAAAUAAAGGCUUUGGAAGAACAGACAAACAGUUUGAAGCUCGAGCUGGACUCGUCAAAACGAGAAAACGAAAACUUGAAGGGAUCAAUGAUCACUGCUGAAGAAGAAAAAAAUUCUCUCUCUCACAAAAUUUCACAAAUGACUGAUGAAUUCAAACAGGCACAGGAUGCUCUGGAUGAGCUGAAAGCAGAGUCUAACAGCUCAAAAGAAAAAUUGCUUGAGCAGGAAAGGGAAUUUUCAUCCCUAAGGGAGAUACAUGAUGUACAUAAAACUGGAGCUUCAGAACAAAUAAAGGCACUGGAGGAAGAGACAAACAGUUUAAAACUUGAAUUAGAGAAUUUGAUUAGUGAGAACAGAGAGAAAGAAGAGCUGUUUGAGAGUAAAUCAGCAGAAGCCAGACUGUUGGGAGAAGAGGUAGCUGAGUUAAGGGAGCAGAUUUCACAAAUGGAGACGAUGUCAAAGGAAAGAGAAGAACAUAUAUUAUCUCUCCAGGAGAAACUUGAGGUUAUGGAGAAUGAGUCAAAUUCCAGAAUUGAAGCCCUGACAGCCCAAGUCAACAACUUAACACAAGAAAUUGAAAUGUUAUCUGCUGAGAAAAGUCAACUGUCAGAACAGAUGGCUGGAAGAAGUGACGAAGCAUCUGUUCAAAUCAAGGAAUUACAGGACCAGAUCAGCUCAUUGGAGCAUGAAAUGAAAACCUUACAGGUUCAGGAAAGGGAGAUGAAGUUGGAUCUUGAGAGAAAAGACGAGGAUAUUGCAGAGUAUCGGAUACAGAUAGAAGGUUUGCAUGAGAAAUUAACUAGCAGUGAUGCACUUCUGAAACAAUUUUAUGAAGAAAAGGAAACUCUGGAAGCCAAGUUAAUGGACCGAGAGCUGGAAGUGGAAACGCUAAACAGCCACAAAACAGGACUAGAAGAGAAAACUAUAUCAAGCAACAGCGAGGCUACUCAACUAAGAGAGGAGAUCACAAGGUUGCAAGAUAGGAUUCAGGAGCUGGAGAAAUCAUUACAGGAGAGGGUUGACGAGUCAUCUACAAUGCAGAGAAGGCUUGAAGACGAAGAGAAUGAAGCAUCUUCCAAGAUUACAGCCUUAAUGACGGAGAUCAGCAAUUUGAAGCAGGAAUCAGAAGCAGCUCAAAUCGUUAAAAGCCAGUUGGAGGCACAAGUUGAGAAGGAGAAACAGGAAUAUCUUGAGGGUCUGAAUCUGCUAGAAACCGAGAAUGUUGAUCUGAAAACCAAUAUAGAUGAUCAUCUCAAGACCGUACAAGAACUAGAGGAUGAAUUGAUCAAUAGAAAAGAGCAGUGUGAACAACUUGAAACUCGUCUUCAAGAGAACGAGGCGGAACUCCAAGAGGCAAAGAGAACAAUCUGGGAACUGAAGGAGGAUUUGAGCAUGAGUAGUGAAUCAAAAGAUCAGAAGAUUUUGGAGUUUGAGAUAUUAGUUGAAGAAUUGAAAAGAGAUCUAGAGGUGGCUACAGAUGAAGAAAAGACUGCUUGGGAGAAAACCCGGAAUAUUGAAGUUCAGCUACGUCUAGCAAACCAAAAACUCAGGGUCACAGAACAACUACUGAGCGAAAAUGAAGAGAGCUUCAAGAUUGCUGAAAUGAAAUAUCAACAAGAGUGUAAAGAGCUAGAAGACAAAUUCACUCGGCUCGCUCAAGUACUUGCUGCUAAUAAUGAAGCUUAUCGUGGAAUGAUAAUGAAUAUCUCAGAGAAUGUGAACAUUUCAUUAGCUGGAAUGGAAGCAGUCAUGAGUAAAUUUGAGGAGGAUCACCAGAGGUUCUCUAACAAUAUCUUCAGCAUGUCCGAAGAGGUUCAAAUUUUGAAGCAAUGUGCAAUAGGGAAGAAUGUUGAGGGAGAGCAGUUGAAAGAACGGCUGGGCAAUCUAAAUGAGCAAUUGAAGAAUGAGAGAGAACAGGUACUAAUGAUGACAGAGAAGAUUGGUAAGUUGGAAGUUGAGGUUGACAACAAUAAAGGCGAAAAAGAAAAGUUGGUUUCUGCAGUACACGAGCUGAAGAAGGCAACAGGAGAGAUGAAUGUGGCAUUGAAAGAGAAAGAUGAGCGACUAUCAACCCUUGGGGAGGAAAAACGUCAAGCCAUAAGGCAGCUAUGCUUGUGGUGCGAUACUUUGUACACCCAAUAUGAUGAGCUCAAGAAGACUGUCCCAAAGACAACCCCACAAAGAAGGUAAAGGUAGAUAUAGAAUCUUUUGGGGUUUUUUUUGUCCUAUUUCGGGAGUCAUGCAUUUAAUUUUGGCUUUCAAGGAUUUUCAUUAUUGUUUCAUUGUCUUCGGUAGGGGGCCGAUUGUGUCAUGGCCUCAUGGGUGUAAAAUAGAGUGUAUAUCCUUAUGUCUGUCGAGUAAGUAUAGAUUUUUUUGGUGUGUUUCCUUCGAUCCAGAUAUUUGGGGACUAGAUUUAUUCUUUACCUGAUAUAGAAAUAAAUGUCAUGUUUUUAUUUAUUUUUCUGGGUCAA